CAAAAAAAAAAAAUGAUAAAAAAGGUUGAGUAGAAGAGGAAGUAAUCUCUCUGUCACAACCGAAGAAAAUCUAUAAUUCCCCAAUAAAAUCCCAUCUGACGUUACAAUGCUUCUUCAUAUUAAAACCCAUCAAAGAAAACGAAAGAAGAAGAAAGAAGAAGAAGAAGAAGAAGAAGAUGGGUUCUCAUGUCUCCAAACAAAUGCAGCGCCGGAAGGCGAUCUCAACGGAGAAGAAAGCUCUCUGUAAUCUCAAAGAAAGCUGCGGGAAUGAGUAUCCGGGGUUUGAUUACAGGCCCCCAGAUAGGAAGAACUGGAUGUCCGGCCUUAACGCCGAGAAGCUUCACGUGAAUCAGAUUGUAUGGCCGGGAACUCACGAUUCCGCCACCAACAGAAUCGGCAUCCCCUGCGUUUCUCGCCCUUUUGCGCAAUGCCAAUCCUUGUCUAUCUAUCACCAGCUUGUAAGAGGCGCCAGGGUCCUCGAUGUCCGGGUUCAGGAGAACCGGCGCGUGUGCCACGGAAUCCUCGUCACCUACGGUAUUGACGUUGUCAUCAAAGACAUCAAAAAGUUCUUGUCGGAGACACAGUCGGAGAUCAUAAUCUUGGAGAUUCGUACUGAAUUUGGGCAUCAAGACCCGCCUGAAUUUGAAAAAUACCUCGUUGAUGAGCUCGGGGAGUUUCUGAUUCACCAGGACGACCACGCGUUUGAUAAAACAAUUGCAGAGCUUCUGCCGAAGAGAGUAAUUUGUGUUUGGAAGCCAAGAAAAUCUCCUCAGCCCAAGCCAGGGAGUCCCUUUUGGAGUGCUGGGUAUUUGAAGGAUAAUUGGGUUGACACAGAUUUGCCAUCCACAAAGUUCGAGAGCAAUCUGAAGCAUUUGAGCGAGCAACCGCCGGUUUUGUCGAGAAAAUUCUUUUACAGGGUGGAGAAUACAGUCACCCCGCAGGCUGAUAACCCGAUUGUGUGUGUCAAGCCCGUGACAAGACGGAUUCACAAAUUUGCGAGGCUGUUUAUUGCCGAGUGCUACUCCAGGGGCUGCGCCGAUCGGCUGCAGAUCUUCUCCACAGAUUUCAUAGAUGAAGAUUUUGUAGAUGCAUGUGUUGGGGUUACGCACGCAAGGAUUGAAGGGAAAGCCUGAAAUUUCUGUCUUUCGAUCUGUUCUUCUUCUUGUUUGAUGGAGAUAUCAUAAUCGCCCUGCGUGUUACUAUUUUCUUUCUUUAUCUAUGAAAAAUCUGCUCUUCAUUUGUUUCAUUGUAAUAUAAUUUGUGUGAUGUAUAAAGGGGUGGGCAAAUAUUAAUCAUAUAUUGGGGUUUGAUUA